AUGGAGACGCUCUUUCAGACGCGAUCUGAUGUUGAGAACCGUGGGCCUAUAUUGCUGAUCAUCAACGGCACGGUGACGGGCCUCGCGGCACUCAUUGUGGGUCUUCGCACAAUUUCGAGGAUCUUCAUCGUGAAAAUGUUUGGCCUAGACGACUGGAUAAUGACUGCGACGAUUCUGGCAAUUGUGAACGUGGUGGUUGCGGGACUUGGAGUCAGGUAUGGAACAGGAAAGCACAAAUGGGAUCUCGUUAAAUCAGAUGUGCUACCUUCGGCGAAGAUUCGAUACGUGACUCACAUUAUUUAUACCUUAAUCGGCGGUCUGAUCAAAGUAUCAAUCUGUCUGCUAUACCUACGCGUGUUCCCUAACAUCCGAGUAAUCUGCCUUGGAACCAUCUCAUUCGUCACGGUCGCCAUUAUCCUCGCAACGAUAUUCCAGUGCACCCCGGUCAAUGCCGUCUUCGAUGAACAGAAAUAUGAACAUCAUACUUGCUUUGCAUCUAUCCCAUUUUGGUAUGCGGGUGCCGCGCUUUCUCUGGUGACGGAUAUUUGGAUUCUUCUCUUGCCACUGAGAACAGUUCUAGGUCUUCAUCUCAAAAUUAGCAAGAAAUUUGCCGUCGCUGCUUUGCUAUCACUAGGGUCCUUUGCGUGUAUAGCCAGCAUUGUGCGGAUGGUCUACAUUGUGAAAUUAUACCAAAGCUCAGACCCUUCCUGGGAUACCUUCGGGAUUUCUAUUUCUUCGGGAAUCGAGAUAGCUGUCGCUAUCAUCGCUGCCAGCAUCCCGGCAACCAAUCCGAUCAUGAAUAAGCUGUUUCCAAAGCUAUUUCCAAGCAGCGCUGGCAUCUCACCGUCAGCCAGUCGCCGAGGCUAUCAUCCAGGUAGUCGAAUUGAAAGUACUUCACGCCGCUAUCAAAGGGAUAGCAUUCCGCUCUCACGUUUCACAAGGAGAGAAGGAAGUGAUACGGAUGAUGAGUCUACGAAAGCGAUAGUGCAUGCAAACUGA